AUGAAGGCUGUGUUGAAGGAGACGAUGAGGCUACAUCCUCCAGAGCCAUUGUUGAUUCCAAGAGAGAGCAGUGAGAGUUGUGGGAUUAAUGGCUACACAAUACCCUCAAGAACUCAGGUGUUUGUGAAUGCCUGGGCCAUUGGGAGAGACCCAACUUGUUGGGAAAGAGCCGAAGAAUUUUUGCCAGAAAGGUUUUCGGAUUCUGAGAUUGAUUACAAAGGCUUCAACUUUGAGCUCAUCCCUUUUGGAGCAGGAAGAAGGAUUUGCCCUGGAACCUCUCUUGCCAAUCUUUUGCUCCAUUUUGAUUGGCAACUUCUCGCUGGACAUUCUGCUCUUGAUGCCGAUCUCUUUGCCAUUCCCAUUUCUUGCUAUCCUGCGCCAUUUCCGUUCAAAAAUUGA